UACAACAUCCGCUGAUUGAAGACAUUCCGCCAUUGCGUUUUCGGACCUUGAAUAGAUUAUUUACUUUGUCCUUAAAUUUCAAAGAAGUCCCUACGCGCACGAAGAUGGGUAGGGAGGACAAAGCCACCUGGAAGUCAAACUACUUUACUAAGCUCGUCCAAUUGUUGGAUGAAUACCCAAAAUGUUUUAUUGUGGGAGCCGACAAUGUGGGUUCCAAGCAAAUGCAACAAAUUCGUAUGUCUUUGCGUGGAAGCGCCGUUGUCCUUAUGGGCAAAAACACCAUGAUGCGAAAAGCUAUCAAAGGUCAUGUUGAGAAUAAUCAGGCUCUUGAAAAGCUUCUUCCUCACAUUCGUGGAAAUGUAGGAUUUGUAUUCACCCGUGGAGAUCUUGUUGAUAUUCGUGAUAAAUUGUUGGAAAACAAAGUGCGUGCUCCAGCUCGUGCUGGUGCCAUUGCUCCAUUGUCUGUUAUUAUUCCAGCUCAAAAUACUGGUCUAGGACCCGAAAAGACAUCUUUCUUCCAAGCUCUGUCCAUCCCAACAAAAAUUUCAAAAGGUACUAUUGAAAUCAUCAAUGAUGUCCAUAUCUUAAAACCUGGUGAUAAAGUUGGUGCUUCAGAAGCUACUUUGCUUAACAUGUUGAACAUUUCUCCCUUUUCAUAUGGUCUUUUGGUUGAACAGGUUUAUGAUUCUGGAACUAUCUUUGCUCCUGAAAUCUUAGACAUCAAGCCUGAAGAUUUGCGUGCUAAGUUCCAAGCUGGAGUUGCCAAUUUGGCUUCAGUUUGUUUGUCUAUUGGUUAUCCAACUAUUGCUUCUGCUCCACACAGCUUGGCUAAUGGUUUCAAGAACUUGUUGGCCAUUGCAGCCACUACUGAAGUUGAAUUCAAAGAAGCUACCACAAUUAAGGAAUACAUUAAGGAUCCCAGCAAGUUUGCUGCUGCUACUGCUGCCGCUCCAGCUGCUGCUGCUGCAGCACCUGCUGAAUCCAAGAAAGAAGAAAAGAAAGAGGAAUCUGAGUCUGAAGAUGAUGACAUGGGUUUCGGUCUCUUUGAUUAAGAACUUGUUCCACAAUAUUAACAUUUUGGGAAAUCCAUAUUUAUAUGAAUAUUUACAUAUUCAAGUCUGUUUGUGAUUAUUAUCUGUAAAUACUUGUCUGAACUUUGCGCAGUUCUGUGGCAAUUUACAAGAUUUUAUUUGUAAGCAUAACUUUGUAUAAUAAAAUAUGGAUGAGGAUAAA